UUUACGAAGGAUUUUUAACUAAGGGCUAUAUUUAUAAGUGGAAUGUUGAAGAAAAGAAGUGGGAUAGAAAAGGAGAAAAAAAAGUUGCUUUAAAAAAAUCAAAUUCCGAACAAACUAAUGAAGAAUUUUUUGAAGAGGCUAAGCGUCACAACGAAUUUUAUAUUGACGAUCACUCCCUUAUGCGAUGUUACGGAAUAACGAAGGAUCCCACAUCAAAUAAGUUUAUGAUAGUAACAACGUUUGCUGAACUUGGCACACUUAGUGAAUACUUGAAAAACCAUUUCGGGCGUCUCAUAUGGGCAUGGAAGUUUAAAAUACUAAGUUCUAUUGCAAAGGGCAUCAGACAUAUCCAUGAAAAUAAUUAUAAGCAUAAAGACCUUCAUGGAAAAAAUAUUGUGAUGUAUGAAGAAUAUUAUCCGCUCAUUAUUGAUUUUGGAAAUCCGUUUGAGGAAUAUUCUCAUUAUAGUAGUAAAAGCCUGGCUAUAAAAAUAAUUUCGGGCACUCGACCUAAAAUUUCAGAAAAAAUACCAGAUUAUAUUAAAAAACUUAUUAAAAAAUGCUGGGUUGAAAAUCCCGAUGAUAGGCCCUCGGCACAAGAUUUAUACGAAGAUCUUUAUAAAUUAAGAGAAUCCCUCGAAAAUGGAAAAUUUAAUAAUUAUGAUGAUAACGGAGAUGAUUUUAGUAAAUGCAUAAAUGAAUGUAUCGACUAUGAUAAUAAGAUUAAGAGCUUAUCAAAGAACGCGAACCCAAGCUCUACAGAUGAUUCCGGACAAGAAUCUAAACCUUACUCAGUGGAUAAGGAGUCAGUAAUGUUAACGGAUUCGCGGCAGCAGUAUUUAUAUAUUUCCGAUUAUUUUGACACCACAAAGAUGACGUUAAACCAACAAGAAGGAUUAAAUCUGGAUAACGGCAAAAAAAUGAUAGAUACCGAAGAAUCUAAGCCAA